AUGCGAGUAGGAGAUAUACUGAGUCUUGUGCCAAUGUCAGAUAUAAUAUUUAGCAAGGAAGACAUUGCCUACUACAAUAAACUAGGCAUGCGGCAGACAAUUUUGCAGAUGCUGCAAGCUUCUUAUAUGAUUUGCAGUGCAUACAUGGUGUGGAUGCUCGUGGCCGUCAUAUGUAAUACAAAGUCCCCCAUUGUGGUUGUUUUGAGUGAGAGUAUGUAUCCAGGGUUUGACAGAGGAGACAUUCUUCUUUUAGCUAAAAUGAGAAGUGAGUACUAUGCAGGAGACAUUUGUGUAUUCCAGCUAGCAGAGGAAGAUAUUCCAAUAGUCCACAGGGUAAUAGACAAAUUAUAUUCAAAAGCCCCAAUUGCUGGAUGUGAGGCAACCACUAAGAACCCGUUAUCAAAUCACUUCUAUUACAUGACGAAGGGAGAUAACAACCGGUCUAACGACACCUUCUUAUAUAGAGAAAAAGGCCUCAGAUAUAUAAAUUCUAAACACAUGGGAACAGUAGUGUAUGCCUCUUUCCCUCUGUUGGGAAUGGUGACCAUAUGGACAGGAUAUUGGAAGUGGCUAAAAUAUGUAAUUAUUGGAAUUCUAGCAAUUGAUGUAGCAUUCACAAGGGAUAACACAAUAAAAAUAGCUAGACUGGAUGAAAAAGAAGAGAAACAAGAAAGUGAGGAAGAAGAAGAGAAAAAGAAAAAAAAGAAAAGCAAGAAUAAAGUAUAA